CGAGUCUCCUCCCCCUAGCGGCUCUCCCAAGCCGGUUUCCCGCUGCAGUUGGAGCUUCGGCAAAGGAGGAGAGCGAGACUGGAAAGAGAGCCCACGAAGUUGCCUGUAAAACGCCGAGACGUGAUCGGCUCUUCCCCCGCUUAGUGGACAUACCGCGGCGGCGUUCGGAACGCUCCCUCCACGGUCUUCCUCACAUCGCCUGGGUCUCCUCAACCGAACAGCACCAUGGGAAAUGAAGCCAGCUACCCCUUGGAAAUGUGCACGCAUUUCGACCCGGACGAGAUCAAGCGUCUGGGGAAGCGCUUCAAGAAACUGGACCUUGACAACUCGGGCUCGCUCAGCGUGGAGGAGUUCAUGUCGCUGCCCGAGUUACAGCAGAACCCUCUCGUGCAGAGGGUCAUCGACAUAUUCGAUACGGACGGCAAUGGAGAAGUGGACUUUAAAGAGUUUAUCGAGGGAGUGUCACAGUUUAGCGUCAAAGGCGACAAGGAGCAAAAACUUCGAUUCGCAUUCCGGAUCUACGACAUGGACAAGGAUGGCUACAUCUCCAAUGGAGAACUUUUCCAGGUACUAAAGAUGAUGGUGGGCAACAACCUAAAAGACACGCAGCUCCAGCAGAUUGUGGACAAAACCAUCAUCAAUGCUGACAAAGACGGCGACGGCAGGAUAUCAUUCGAGGAGUUCUGCGCGGUGGUGGGCGGUCUGGACAUACACAAAAAGAUGGUGGUGGAUGUGUGAGCGUACCACCACCUCCCUUCUCGACCUCUCUCCAGCUCGUGCAAGUUUCCCCGCCCUCCUGAGUUCUCCUCGACGCUCGCUUCCUCCGCCUUGUUCGGCUAAAUCAAGAAAAACCCGCCUCAGUGUCCACCAGCGGAACAUUUCUGUGUCGCUUUUCCACAGCGAAGCGCCUCGUUCAAGUGUUAAGUGAAAGGCAGAGGCUGCCUACCAGGUAAAAAAAAAA